AUGAUCACCGGGAAGGACAUCUACGACGUGCUGGCGGCGGUGGUGCCGCUGUACGUGGCCAUGUUCAUGGCGUACGGGUCGGUGCGGUGGUGGGGCAUCUUCACGCCGGACCAGUGCUCGGGCAUCAACCGCUUCGUCGCCGUCUUCGCGGUGCCGCUCCUCUCCUUCCACUUCAUCUCCACCAACGACCCCUACGCCAUGGACUACCGCUUCCUGGCCGCCGACUCGCUGCAGAAGCUCGUCAUCCUCGCCGCCCUCGCCGUGUGGCACAACGUGCUCUCCCGCUACCGGUGCCGCGGCGGCACGGAGGCCGGCGAGGCCUCGUCGCUGGACUGGACCAUCACGCUCUUCUCCCUGGCGACGCUGCCCAACACGCUGGUGAUGGGCAUCCCGCUGCUGCGCGCCAUGUACGGCGACUUCUCGGGGUCGCUCAUGGUGCAGAUCGUGGUGCUGCAGAGCGUCAUCUGGUACACGCUCAUGCUCUUCCUCUUCGAGUACCGCGGCGCCAAGGCGCUCAUCUCCGAGCAGUUCCCGCCCGACGUCGGCGCCAGCAUCGCCUCCUUCCGCGUCGACUCCGACGUCGUCUCGCUCAACGGGCGCGAGGCGCUGCACGCCGACGCCGAGGUCGGCCGCGACGGCCGCGUCCACGUCGUCAUCCGCCGGUCCGCGUCGGGGUCCACCACGGGCGGCCACGGCGCCGGGCGCUCCGGGAUCUACCGUGGCGCGUCCAACGCCAUGACGCCGCGCGCGUCCAACCUCACGGGCGUGGAGAUCUACUCGCUGCAGACGUCGCGGGAGCCCACGCCGAGGCAGUCCAGCUUCAACCAGUCCGACUUCUACUCCAUGUUCAACGGGAGCAAGCUGGCUAGUCCCAAGGGCCAGCCCCCCGUCGCCGGAGGUGGUGGUGCGCGCGGGCAGGGGCUCGACGAGCAGGUGGCCAACAAGUUCAAGGGCGGCGAGGCGGCUGCGCCCUACCCCGCGCCCAACCCCGGGAUGAUGAUGCCGGCGCCACGGAAGAAGGAGCUUGGGGGUUCCAACUCAAACUCGAACAAGGAGCUGCACAUGUUCGUGUGGAGCUCCAGCGCGUCGCCCGUGUCGGAGGCCAACCUCCGCAACGCCGUCAACCACGCCGCGUCCACCGACUUCGCCGCCGCACCGCCGGCGGCAGCCACGCCACGAGACGGCGCCACACCCAGAGGCGUGAGCGGCAGCGUGACGCCGGUGAUGAAGAAGGACGCCAGCAGCGGCGCGGUGGAGGUGGAGAUCGAGGACGGCAUGAUGAAGAGCCCGGCGACGGGGCUGGGCGCCAAGUUCCCGGUGUCGGGGUCCCCCUACGUGGCCCCGCGGAAGAAGGGCGCCGACGUGCCCGGGCUGGAGGAGGCGGCGCACCCGAUGCCGCCGGCGAGCGUGAUGACCCGGCUCAUCCUCAUCAUGGUGUGGCGCAAGCUCAUCCGCAACCCCAACACCUACUCCAGCCUCAUCGGCCUCGUCUGGUCACUCGUCUCCUUCAGGUGGAACAUUCAGAUGCCUACAAUAAUCAAGGGGUCCAUAUCCAUCCUGUCUGAUGCAGGGCUAGGGAUGGCUAUGUUCAGCUUAGGUCUCUUCAUGGCUCUGCAACCAAAGAUCAUCUCUUGCGGGAAGUCUGUCGCCACAUUUGCAAUGGCAGUGAGGUUCUUGACUGGGCCGGCGGUGAUCGCCGCGACCUCAAUCGCCGUCGGGCUCCGGGGAGUGCUCCUACAUGUUGCCAUUGUCCAGCAGCACUUCCACAAGGAAUUGUUCCAUUUGUGUUCGCCAAGGAGUACAAUUGCCAUCCUCAAAUACUUAGCACAGCGGUUAUUUUUGGAAUGCUCGUGGCGCUCCCGAUCACGAUACUCUACUACGUUCUCCUUGGGAUAUAGAUUCAUAAUCUUGAAGAACCAAGGCUGCAAAUCUUCGGGUAGGGAGAAGUAG